AUGCCGUAUAACAUUGCUAUGGUCAGUGACUUCUUUUUCCCUCAAUCGGGGGGAAUUGAAAGUCACAUCUACCAAUUGUCAUCCAAACUCAUCGACCGCGGACACAAGGUCAUAAUAAUCACACAUGCGUACAAAGGUCGAACAGGAGUCCGCUACCUCACCAAUGGCUUGAAGAUCUACCACGUCCCCUUCUUCGUCAUUUACCGCGAAACCACCUUCCCUACCGUCUUCUCAUUCUUUCCCAUAUUCCGCAAUAUUGUGAUUCGUGAACAGAUUGAGAUUGUACACGGUCAUGCCAGUCUCAGUAGCUUUUGUGGAGAAGCUAUUCUCCAUGCGCGAACAAUGGGCCUGCGGACCGUAUUUACGGACCACUCUCUUUUCGGAUUCGCCGAUGCCGCCUCCAUUUUGACCAACAAGCUGCUUAAGUUUACAUUGAGUGACGUGGACCAUGCGAUCUGUGUCAGCCAUACUUGUAAGGAGAACACCGUUCUUCGAGCCUCAUUAGACCCUUUGAUGGUAUCAGUCAUUCCAAACGCUGUGGUCGCGGAAAACUUCCGCCCGCUCUCAUACAACUCUCGUGCAUUGGAUCAGAUUCCCACAUCCCCUUCUGACCAACGAGCACCCCCUACAUCAAUCGGUCCUGAUGAUACAAUCACGAUCGUAGUGAUCUCCCGCCUCUUUUACAACAAGGGCACUGAUCUAUUAAUUGCUGCCAUUCCACGGAUUCUUGCUUUGAAUCCAAAGACUCGCUUCAUCAUCGCUGGGUCUGGACCAAAGGCCAUUGACCUUGAACAGAUGUUGGAACGCAAUGUGCUUCAAGACAAGGUCGAGAUGCUUGGCUCGGUUCGACACGAAGAGGUGCGAGAUGUCAUGGUACGAGGUCACAUAUACCUACAUCCUAGUUUGACAGAAGCAUUCGGUACUGUCAUUGUUGAAGCUGCCAGUUGCGGGUUAUAUGUUGUUUGUACCCGAGUCGGUGGUAUUCCUGAAGUGUUGCCACAGCAUAUGACAACAUUUGCGAAGCCAGAAGAGGACGACCUAGUUGUUGCAACUAGCAAGGCAAUUGCCGCCUUGCGCUCGAAUAAAGUCCGAACAGACCGCUUCCACGACCAAGUGAAGAUGAUGUACUCUUGGCGGGAUGUGGCUGAACGUACUGAAAGAGUCUACCAAGGCAUAACAGGUGAUAUCAGCCCCGAGGAAUUCUACGGCUACUAUCCGGGUCAAGGAUGGGAGGCUAGCGGAGAUCGUGUACGCAGCUUUGCGCUCAUCGACCGCCUAAAACGGUACUAUGGCUGUGGUGUUUGGGCCGGCAAGCUGUUCUGUCUCUGCGUUGUCAUUGACUUCUUGAUCUACGUCUUCCUCGAAAUGUGGUUUCCACGAGCAAAUAUUGAUAUUGCUCGAAGCUGGCCGAAGAAACCGCCAGCAGAGAAGCCCCGAACAUCUACCGCUGCUCGCAACAGUCGGUGA